UGUUGUCCUUGGUAGUUGCUGUUACAUAAGCAUAAUUUUGCGCUAUAUAAACUCGAAGAAAGUUUUCAUUCCCUGCACUGAUCGACAUAACCUUGAGGUUGUAUUUAAAGCAUAAUGGCUGAAAUUCAUCAGCUUGAGGUUGAAAUUAAAUGCAAGUCCUCUGCAGAGAGGUUUUACACUUUGCUGACUCGUGAUGCACCCAAGCUUCCAAAAUAUGCUCCUCAAUCGAUCCUCAGAGUCCAAGUUCUCCCCCGAGAUGGUGAAGUUCGCGUGGGAAGUAUAUUUGUUUGGGAAUAUGUACCAAGAGACAAACCUUCUGCCGCCUUGUCGAUAGAGAAGGUAACUGCAAUUGACCCUAAAAACUUGUCAAUAACUACCACAGUUCUUGAAGGAGAUCUCAGAAAUGAUUACACAAGUUUUGUCAUCACACUUGCUAUCACUCCAACAAAGAGGGAUGGGAACUAUAAUUUCAUUGUGAAGUGGGUUGUACAGUAUGAGAAAGCCAAUGAAGAUGUCCCUGAUCCAACAUACUUUAUGAUAUUUUUGGAAGAGUUUACCAAGGAGUUGGAUGGCAAUUUGCUCAAGGAAGAAUAGACAAGAUCGAUCUACCAUAUACAUAUAUGUUAAGUCAUGCAUGUUAUAUUGCAGGAACCUACGUACAUGUUUGUGCUCGAUGUUUAAAUAUA